AUGGGCGCGGACAGCUCCUGGCGGCCAUGGUGGCCCCCGCUGCUGCUGCUGCUGCUACUGCUCUUGGGCCCUGGAGGCUCGGGCGUACAGGAGGACGAGGACGGCGACUACGAGGAAAUGGUGCUCGCCUUCAGGUCGGAGGAGGACGGCCUGACUGACACGACCCAGCACGUGGCCACCGCCAGUUUCCAUCGCUGCGCCAAGGACGCCUGGAGGUUGCCAGGCACCUACAUGGUGGUGCUGAAGGAGACCCACCGCUCGCAGACCGAGCACACUGCCCGCCGCCUGCAGGCCCGGGCUGCCCGCCGGGGCUACCUCACCAGGAUCCUGCACGUCUUCCAUGACCUCCUCCCUGGCUUCCUGGUGAAGAUGAGUGGCGACCUGCUGGAGCUGGCCCUGAGGUUGCCCCACGUCCAGUACAUUGAGGAGGACUCCUUCGUCUUUGCCCAGAGCAUCCCGUGGAACCUGGAGCGAAUUCUCCCUGUGCGGCCCCAGGUGGAUGAACACCACGCCCCCAAUGGAGGCGGCCUGGUGGAGGUGUAUCUCUUAGACACCAGCAUCCAAAGUGGCCACCGGGAACUUGAGGGCAGGGUCACAGUCACUGACUUCGAGAACGUGCCCGAGGAGGACGGGACACGCUUCCACAGACAGGCAAACAAGUGUGACAGCCAUGGCACCCACCUGGCGGGGGUGGUCAGUGGCCGGGAUGCGGGUGUGGCCAAGGGCGCCAGCCUGCGCAGCUUACGUGUACUCAACUGCCAAGGGAAGGGCACAGUGAGCAGCACCCUCACAGGCUUGGAGUUUAUUCAGAAAAGCCAGCUGGCCCAGCCUGGGGGGCGGUUGGUGGUGCUGCUGCCGCUGGUGGGAGGGUACAGCCGGGCCCUCAACGCCGCCUGCCAGCACCUGGCGAGGACGGGGGCAGUGCUGGUGGCCGCAGCCGGCAACUUCCGGGACGACGCUUGCCUCUACUCCCCAGCCUCGGCUCCCGAGGUCAUUACUGUUGGGGCCACCAAUGCCCAAGACCAGCCAGUGACCCUGGGGGUCCUGGGGACCAACUUCGGCCGCUGCGUGGACCUCUUUGCCCCGGGGGACGACAUCAUUGGUGCCUCCAGCGACUGCAGCACCUGCUUCACGUCACAGAGUGGGACGUCACAGGCUGCCGCCCACGUGGCUGGCAUUGUGGCCAUGAUGCUGACAGCCGAGCCGGAGCUCACCCUGGCUGAGCUGAGGCAGAGACUGAUCCAUUUCUCUGCCAAAGACGUCAUCAACAAGGCCUGGUUUCCCGAAGACCAGCGGGUGCUGACCCCCAACCUGGUGGCCACACUGCCCCCCAGAACCUAUAAAGCAGGUGGGACGCUGUUCUGCAGGACCGUGUGGUCUGCACACUCAGGACCCACGCGGAUGGCCACGGCUGAGGCCCGCUGCACAGCCCCUGAGGAGCUUCUGGGCUGCUCCAGCUUCUCCAGGAGCGGGAGGCGGCGGGGCGAGCGCAUUGAGGCCCGAGGGGGCAGGCAUGUCUGCCUGGCCCACAAUGCGUUUGGGGGUGAGGGUGUCUAUGCCGUUGCCAGAUGCUGCCUGCUGCCCCAGGCCAACUGCAGUGUCCACACAGCUCCGCCAGCCAGGGCUGGUGUGCUGACCCAAGCCCACUGCCACCAGCAGGGCCACGUCCUCACAGGCUGCAGCUCCCACUGGGAAGUGGAGGAAUUUGGCACCCAUGGGCCACCUGUGCUGAGGCCACGAGGUCAGGCUGAUCAGUGUGUGGGCCACGCGGAGGCCAGCGUCCAUGCCUCCUGCUGCCACUCGCCAGGUCUGGAGUGCAAAUUCAGGGAGCACGGGAUCCCGGGCCCUGCGGAGAAGGUCACCGUGGCCUGCAAGGAGGGCUGGACGCUGACCGGCUGCGGGGCCCACCCCGGGGCCUCCCACACCCUGGGGGCCUAUGCAGUGGACAACACGUGUGUGGUGAGGGGCCGGGACGUGGGUGUGCGAGGCAGGACGGGUGAGGAGGCCGCCGUGGCCAUUGCCAUCUGCUGCAGGAGCCGGUCAGGGGAGCAGGCCUCCCCGGGGACCCAGUGACAGCCCCGCCCAGGAUAUCUGCGUGGCUGGGGUCCCAGGCCUUGGCUGAGCUUUGAAGUGCUUCCUUUUUCCUCCUUCCUCAGCCCUCCUCAGCCUGGGCCCCGGGGGACAGAAGGCACCUCUUUCUCCUGGAGCUCUGGUGCUGGCACUUGGGGUACACUGGCUCCCUGCCUGGGAGAACCCCAUCUCUUGGCCCGAGUCACCCCUCCCCAGACCCGAGCUGAGUGGGAGGUUGAAUGAGCAGGGCCACAGGCGCCGGCAGCCCCUCCCUCACUGAGGGGCUGUGUCCACAUGUCCAUCAACAAGGGUCUGGCUGUGCUCAGCUCCCUGUCAGCUGCUCCCAAGUUGCCAGUGCUGUGGGCAGAAUUAGCUUUUGUUGAGUUCUUGCUACAUGUCAGCCAGGCAGUCAGUCCUCAGGCCUCCAUGAAGGAGGUGGUAACCCUCCUAUGGGGAGGCAAGGAAGCACUUGACGGCUGGGAGAGGCCAAAUGUUGGUCAGAGGAUGUGAAAGGUGGAAAUGGCCCCUCACCUCCUGCCCACUCUGGGGAGGCCCGGUUGGGCUCCCUGAUUAUGGAGAUGAGUUUUCCAUGCCUCUGGGGAUGCAGGGUGGCCCUGACAGGGGGUAGGGGGUGGUGGUGACGGGAAUGGGGGUGGUGAUGAUGCUUCCCCAGAUUUGGCCCAUUUAAAAAUGGCUAAAGGGCAUCUCCACCCACAUUCCACCGGGUUUCGGAGCAGCCCUGGGGCAAAGGCAGGGCCUAUUCUACUCAUUGGAUAGAUGAGGAUACUGAGGCUAGAAGCCAGAGCCUAGGGUCAGCUGCCAAGACUCCCCAGUUCAAGUCCUUGCUCUUUCUCUAGAGAGAUCAGUUUGGUGAUCUCCAAGGGCCUGCCCAGUCCUGCCAUUAGGACUCACCUCCUGAAGACAGCUUUUGCUGAUAAAAAUCCUAGCUCUUGUACCCACCCCUAGUCACCAGCAGUGGGAUGACAGAUCCACCCAGACGUGUCCCGGGUGAUCACAGGGCCGUGCCUUUGUUUCUCCCAGCUGCCCUCACCUUGCACUGGUCCAGGCUUUGAGGUUCACCCAGCAUCAGCCUGCAGCGGGGCAUCACCCCAGGGCUGACUUCGGUUUGCAAUGGAGGGCCACGUGGGCCGGCCACCCUCUCGCCCAGGCCUCCUUGCACCUACCCUGCGUAGUAUACAUUGCCAUCCCCACUUCAGGAAGAAACUGGUAACCAGAAAUGGGGGUGGUAAGUGCCCCCAAGUUUGCACCACAAGGAAGUGAGGUGGUAUCAGGGUAUAAACCCAGAUUUGGCUCUAAAGCCAAGCCUCUUUUUACUGCACAAGGUUGGGCACCCCAUCUUUGUAGUUAACAGAGGCUCAGAAGGGGAACAGAAACCCGAGGUAGCACCGUGAUCACUGGACAGAGCACUGGGUGAAAGGCACAUCAGGGGACCUUUGGUCCCUCCUCGAGCUUCCCCACCCCCACCCCAAGCAAACUAGCAUGCAUUUAUCUUUUUGGUCUGUUUGUCUACAGCUCUCUGUUGUCUUUUUACAGCAAGCAUUUUUUCAAGACCUCUGUUUUGCUUUUGUAACUUGAAGAUAUUUAUUCUGGAUUUUGUAGCAUUUUUACUAUAUGGUGACUUUUUAAAAUAAAAACAACUUUGUCAUGA